GGUUAAGCGGCAGCAGCUGCCUGCUGCAAGGACUGCAUGACUCCCGCAGCCUCGCCUCGCUGCAGUCCGCCCCUUUCCCAGACCCGGAGACUGCUGGAGGGGAGGGAGGUGCCGGUGCGUGGACAAGGAGGGGCCCUGCAGGAAUCCUCGUCCUCAACGUGCAGUUGGGCUGGCAGUCCCCCUCCCCAGGAUCCCGUCUGCAGACGCUGCUGGUGGCUUCUGGUCGCUGGAGAAGCGGGAGGUCUCUGAUACUCUACUCCCAUGUCAGGCAUUUUGUUUUUUGUAUUCUGCCUGUGAACAGCUCCAGCACCUGCCGCUGCUGCUGCUGAUGGAUCCCUACGUGAGAAGUUUUUUUAUGUAGACCGACAAGAGAGAGAGACACAAUGGCAAAUUCAGCCAGAGAACAUCUGCUUUUUGUGCGACGACGUAAUCCUCAGCUACGGUAUACUCUGAGCCCAGAGAACCUGCAGAGUCUGACAUCUCAGCGCACCAUACCUGAGAACAUGAACUUGCAGCGUGCCAACAGUGACACUGAUCUAGUGACCUCUGACAGCCGCUCUAGUUUGACAGCGAGUAUGUAUGAAUACACCCUGGGGCAAUCUCAGAACCUCAUUAUUUUCUGGGAUAUUAAAGAAGAAGUUGACCCAACAGACUGGAUAGGACUUUAUCAUAUAGAUGAGAAUUCUCCUGCCAAUUUCUGGGAUUCCAAGAACCGGGGAGUGACGGGCACGCAAAAAGGACAAAUCGUAUGGCGAAUUGAACCUGGCCCCUAUUUUAUGGAACCUGAAAUAAAGAUCUGUUUUAAAUACUACCAUGGUAUUAGUGGAGCCCUGCGAGCUACUACCCCAUGUAUCACUGUGAAAAACCCUGCUGUGAUGAUGGGGGCAGAAGGCAUGGAUGAAGGUGCUUCUGCAGCUCAACAAUCUCGGAAACUAGUCAGCUUUGCAUUAUCAGAUAUUAGAGCAGUUGGGCUAAAAAAAGGGAUGUUCUUCAAUCCUGAUCCUUACCUAAAGAUGUCCAUUCAGCCAGGAAAGAAAAGCACGUUUCCUACAUUUGCCCAUCAUGGUCAGGAAAAAAGAUCUACUAUCAUCAGUAACACAACUAAUCCUGUUUGGCACAGAGAGAAAUAUUCUUUUGUUGCACUUCUAACAGACGUCUUGGAAAUUGAAAUUAAAGACAAAUUUGCCAAGAGUCGUCCUAUCAUCAAGCGCUUUCUUGGGAAGUUAACAAUACCAGUCCAGAGACUAUUGGAGAGGCAUGCAAUAGGAGACCAGAUUCUUAGCUAUAACCUUGGCAGAAGGCUCCCAGCUGACCAUGUAAGUGGGUAUCUCCAAUUCAGAGUCGAGAUUACAUCUUCCAUUCAUGAAGAUGCUUCACCAGAAACAGUUGGUACUUUGCUAGGAGUGAACUCUGUGAAUGAAGACUUAGGAAGCCCUUCUGAUGAUGAGGACAUGCCAGCAGGGAACCAUGACACACUUCCAAUUUGUUUAAAUGGCACAAUCCUUGAGGAAUCUGUUGGAAAUGCAGUCCUUACACAUUCUUUAAGGACUAGUACAACUCUGGAAAUGGACCAGGAAGAGUUAACCUCUACUGCUGCAAGGUCAUCACCUAACAGAGGUCGCCAGGACUCAUUGAAUGACUAUUUGGAUGCAAUAGAACAUAAUAGUCAUCCCAGACCUGGGACAUCUGCCUGCAGUGAGCGUUCACUUGGGGCAUCCCCAAAACUAAGGAGUAGUUUUCCUACUGACACGAGACUUAAUGCUAUGCUUCACAUUGACUCAGAUGAAGAGGAGCAUGAGUUGCAUAAAGAUCUGGAUUUUCAGUCUUCCUUGGAAGAAGAUGGCGGUUUAGUAAUGUUUAAUGGUGCUACAAGGAGUGUUGAAGGAAAUUUUUUAAGUUACUCAUCAUCAAAUCAGAUAAUGCAAGGUCCUGCAGAGGAUGGGAAAGCACCAGCCUUCGAAACUCCUUUGCAGCCCUCUGAUAACCAGCAGGAGACUCUCCAAGGGCUUCCACCAUCAGAGUUUGCAGGAGAAGAAGGUGAAGGCCAGCCAGAUUCUCAGAAUAAUCUGUCGGUAGAAUGGGCUGGCAGCGAAUUGUGUGCCUGUCAGGUGGCAGAGCAGCCUACUAGCAGUGCAGACAUGGGAGCUUCAGACUCUGCCGUUGGUAGUAGAAGAGGUAUUAGUGAAACGGAAUCCCUUGACCAAGGAUCUGAACCUUCCCAGGUAUCCUCAGAAACUGAGCACAGUGAUCCUGCUCGUACCGAAAGUGUCAGUGAGGCCAGCACCAGGCCAGAAGGAGAGAGUGAUGUGGAAGGGGCAGACAGUUCUUGCAAUGAAAGUGUGACUACACGUCUCUCCUCAGUCGAAACUCGGUGUUCUUCUUUUGAAAGUGCCAGAUUUUCUGAGACUCCUGCCUUUUCUUCUCAGGAAGAGGAAGAGGGAGCUUGUGCCACCCAUGUGACCAGAAGUGAGCCUGCUGCAGAAACACAGGACUCUGUGUGCACUCCUGGCUCUUUACCUGCGGUGCGGUUACCCAGCAGUCAAGAGGAGGCUCGGCAGCUAGCUGAAGGAGGUGAAUUACAGGAUAGAGAUGAAUCAGAAGAAAUUUGGCAGAGGAGGAGGAGUCUGCAGGCUGCCGCCGCAAGUAGCCAGUGUCCGGAUGAAGAAACUGGAGGUACCCAAGCUGCUGGCGAGGAGGGAGCUACACAAGUUGAAGGAGCUAGUGGAGGUUCCCAAGCCAAUGGCCAUCAGAAUUUGAGGUCACUACCGUCAGUACGUCAGGAUGCUAGCCGAUAUCAGAGAGUGGAUGAGGCUCUGCCACCAAACUGGGAGGCCCGAAUCGACAGCCAUGGGAGGAUAUUCUAUGUGGAUCAUGUAAACAGAACAACAACAUGGCAGCGACCCACAGCUCCUCCAGCCCCACAGAUCCUCCAGAGGUCAAAUUCUAUACAGCAAAUGGAGCAGCUGAAUCGCCGAUAUCAGAGUAUUCGUCGAACGAUGACUAAUGAGAGGCCUGAAGAGCACCCACAUGCCAUUGAUGGAGCUGGAGAGGAUACUGACUUCCAUCAUUCUAAUGCAGAUUUUCGAAGGGAGAAUGUGCUGCCUCAGUCUACCUCCAGAUCCAGGCUUACUUUAUUGCUACAGUCUCCUCCGGUGAAAUUCCUUAUCAGUCCAGAGUUCUUUACAGUGCUGCAUUCUAACCCUAGUGCCUACCGCAUGUUUACAAACAACACGUGUUUGAAGCACAUGAUCACCAAAGUCCGGCGGGACACCCACCAUUUUGAGCGUUACCAGCAUAAUCGAGAUUUGGUGGGCUUCCUCAAUAUGUUUGCUAACAAACAGCUGGAGCUGCCGAGAGGUUGGGAAAUGAAGCAUGACCAUCAGGGCAAGGCUUUUUUUGUUGACCACAAUUCCCGCACCACCACGUUCAUUGACCCACGGCUUCCCUUGCAGAGUAGCAGGCCCACUAGUGCAUUAGUGCAUCGACAGCACUUAACCAGACAGCGCAGCCACAGUGCUGGUGAGGUAGGAGAGGAUGCCCGUCAUUCAGGACCACCAGUUCUACCAAGACCGUCCAGCACGUUUAAUACAGUCAGCAGAGCUCAGUACCAGGACAUGGUUCCAGUGGCCUACAACGACAAGAUUGUCGCAUUUCUGCGACAGCCCAAUAUCUUUGAAAUUCUACAAGAGCGUCAACCAGAUCUUACCAGGAAUCCUUCACUCAGGGAGAAGAUCCAGUUUAUCCGGACAGAGGGAACACCUGGACUAGUGCGUCUAUCCAGUGAUGCAGACCUUGUCAUGUUACUAAGUUUGUUCGAAGAAGAAAUAAUGUCAUACGUGCCGCCACAUGCCUUACUUCAUCCCAGUUAUUGCCAGUCCCCAAGAGGUUCUCCAGUAUCCUCACCUCAGAACUCUCCAGGUACUCAGCGUGCUAAUGCCAGAGCUCCAGCUCCUUAUAAAAGAGAUUUUGAAGCCAAACUGAGGAACUUCUACAGGAAGCUGGAGACUAAAGGAUAUGGACAAGGGCCAGGGAAAUUAAAAUUAAUCAUCAGGAGAGACCACUUGCUGGAAGAUGCCUUCAAUCAGAUUAUGGGUUACUCAAGAAAAGACCUGCAGAGAAAUAAACUCUAUGUCACGUUUGUUGGAGAAGAAGGGUUGGAUUACAGUGGGCCUUCAAGAGAGUUUUUUUUCCUGGUGUCCAGAGAGCUCUUCAAUCCAUAUUAUGGUUUAUUUGAAUAUUCAGCCAAUGAUACCUACACAGUACAAAUAAGUCCCAUGUCUGCUUUUGUAGACAAUCACCAUGAGUGGUUCAGGUUCAGUGGUCGAAUCCUUGGUCUUGCUCUGAUACAUCAGUAUUUGUUAGAUGCCUUCUUUACACGGCCCUUUUAUAAAGCCCUCCUCAGAAUACUCUGUGACCUGAGUGACUUGGAAUACCUUGAUGAGGAGUUCCACCAGAGUUUGCAGUGGAUGAAAGACAACGAUAUACAUGAUAUCCUAGAUCUCACAUUCACUGUAAAUGAAGAAGUUUUUGGGCAGAUCACUGAACGGGAAUUGAAACCAGGGGGUGCCAACAUCCCAGUCACAGAGAAGAACAAAAAAGAAUACAUAGAGAGAAUGGUGAAAUGGAGAAUUGAGAGAGGGGUUGUGCAGCAAACAGAAAGUCUAGUUCGAGGUUUCUACGAGGUUGUUGACGCUAGGCUGGUGUCUGUAUUUGAUGCAAGAGAAUUGGAACUGGUUAUUGCUGGCACGGCAGAAAUUGACUUAAGUGACUGGAGAAACAACACAGAGUAUAGAGGAGGUUACCACGACAAUCACAUUGUAAUUCGGUGGUUCUGGGCUGCUGUAGAAAGAUUCAACAAUGAACAACGGUUAAGGCUAUUACAGUUUGUUACAGGCACAUCCAGCAUACCUUAUGAGGGGUUUGCAUCUCUAAGAGGGAGCAAUGGGCCAAGAAGAUUCUGUGUAGAAAAAUGGGGGAAAAUCACUGCUCUUCCCAGGGCUCAUACAUGUUUCAAUCGUCUUGACCUUCCCCCUUACCCAUCAUUCUCCAUGCUCUGUGAGAAACUGUUGACAGCAGUUGAAGAGACAAGUACCUUUGGACUUGAGUGAUACGCAAACCACAGUGCCCAGCUCUUUGGACGUUUGUGGAUCUGUCCUCUCAAGAAUGAAUGAACAUUUGUAUUGGAUUCUUAGAGGAAAAUUGUUUUACAAUGCAAUUCAAAUAAUGAGAUUUCCAUCAAUGAGUAAAUCUUGCUUCGGAAGCAGUUACAAGCAUUGUGAUAGUGGCGGAGUACUCUACGGUAAUACUGGAGUGCGCCUGGAGUGCAGGGAAAACUAACAGUCUUGCAAUAAACAGUUUUUCUUGACUGCCAUGUUUGUUAUGGCCCAAGCAAAAGAUGUGACCAUGCAUGAUCAGCAAGGUGGCUACUGCAAAAUCUGAUAAGUAUCUUGAAACUGGAUUUCACCAAAGUCCUUGAAUGUAAAGUUCAAGUCAAAAUGUGAAAUCGUUUAGCCCACCCCUAAAUUAGCUAAAAUCAAACUAUGGAAUUCUUUAUUUAAAAAAAAAAGUUUCCUAAAAAUAUGUUACUUUAUGCCAUAUACUAUAACAGAAUAUCCAUUACUUGCUAUACCUAAGACUACGAGUCCCUGCAUGGUGUGCAUCAUAGAUUUCAGCUUCCUGGGGCAGAAGUGAAUUUGAAGGAAAAUCAGUAGCAAGGGAUGUCACAACAAUGGCUUGCAAUAAGGAGGUUUGUGAAAAUGUAUAUGCAAGUGGCGCGUGUAUGGCAAAUGAUGAGCUAUUAUAAGGAGAACUUAAUAAUGACUGAUUUUAUGCUUUAUACUGCAUGGAAACUGUUUUAAAAAAUAAGUAUCAAUUUACCACAGCAUAUCAGGAAAAAAAACUUACACAGUGACUUCUCUUUAUUUUUAUAGGUUCAUUAUGUUAAGUUCCUCAGAGUGUAAAUAAGAAACUAGCAUACUAAAUGCUAUUUCUGUUCAUUUCACUUUUCAUGCAUUAACAGACAUUGUGCUAGUGUUUUAUUCUUUAAGCACUCUCAAGGAAAAAAUGCCUUUUAUUUUUAUAUGAGUAAGAAAUUCCCAAAAAUAUUUUGCACUGAAUGUACCAAAGUUGAAGGGACAUUAUGAUCAGACUGACCGCAAACUGCAUCACUCUUACAAGUAUCUAGAAAAUAACUUCUUAAGAACCGAACUUUCUUCACAGUGCCAUGUCUAUAGAUAUCAGGACUGUGCACAUAAGUAAUAAUUUUGUAAAAAUCACUACAUGUGAUAUUGUAAUAUGCAUUUAUUUUAAAUGCAUUUGGUUAAUUUUUCAUCCAUCAAAUAACCUUUAAGGGAUUGAGUGUAAUACAGAUGUUUCAUAUUUUCCCAGCAACUAUUAUUUGUACAGCACCGUGAAACACACUAGCUUAUUGGGGAAACCAUUUGUGACACUUAAGAGGAUGAACCUUUAAUAGUAAUGAUUCCACUCUCCCUUAUCAGUGAACACCUCCAAGCUAUAAACUGUUCGUAAUGUCUUUCUAAUUGCAUUUUCACUGAUGAGUAUUUUUCUUAUCAAUGUUAAUUAAAAUGGAGUCCUUUUCAAUGGUAUAUCAAAAACUGCAUGAAUCCACCAAUUUAAUUAUGCUUAAUUUUGCCAAAGUGCACAGGCAUCACUUGCACCCAUUCCUCAUAACUAUCUUUAAUCCUAGAUUAGUUUUGCAUCUGUGCAUUUGUACAGCCAUUAAGAAAUACUACAUACAUCGUGCCAGAGUUCCAGAAAACUUCAACUGGAUGUUGAAGGGCAAGAACAGAAAUACAGCUCUUUGUGUUCCUUUUGAUGGCACUCGAGCAUUUCAAGACCUGCUUUGUGGAAGAACUAAGUUUGGGAGUAACCUCAGGAUUCCCACUCUGGGGACUCUCGUUGAAUAGGGGUCUCAGUGAGGUGACAUGCUUAUUUUCUGUAUUCAUAACAAUGGGAGCACCCAUCCACUCAAGUGAACAUUGGAACGGCAAUAAAGCUGCUGUCAGCAAAGACUACUUUUUCACCCUCACAAUAAGAAAGUAGAUGCUGUUGUGGUGGUAGGAGCGGGGUGCUGGGUAAAUUUAAGUUGCUUCAGAUCCCUCUUCCCCCCCCCCCCCCCCGCAUUCCCCAAACGAUAUAGGAAAUAAUGCCUGUAUUCAGAUAAUUGAGGAAACCCCACUGUCAAAAAUAAAAUGAAAAUAUCUUUUGACUUUACAAAUAAUGGGUUCCUCCCUAAAACAAUGACAUCUUGGAAUCACACAAGUUUUCUUAAACUGCUCCUGGCUUGUACUAAGUGGCAAAGAAAAGUCAAACUGUAUUAUUCUAUUUUUACAUCCAAGUUUAUCAGUGUUUGCUAAGAUAUCACGUUAAUGGUCCAGGGUUUGCUAAUGCAUGUGUUGUAUCAAAGAACUGAUACACAGUAGAUAAAUUUACUUGUGAGCAGGUCAUUUCAGCAUGGCUCAUGUUUCAUGUGAUCAAAUUCAUUAAGUAUCUGACACUCCAGUCACUUAGAGCCAAAUGAAACUUUUGAUGGGCUAAGAACCACAGAAUUUGGCUCUUGUAAUAUUACAGUAUCUUUUCCCUAAAAAGAGAUCCUUGCAGGAGAACAGAUCUACAAACAUCAAUCCAGAAACUCAUUGGAAUUAAGAGUUAAAUAUUUGACACAAAAGUUUAUAUCAGGCUGCAUUUAAGCUAUGCUUUUGUACAAACCAAAAGUAAUAAAUGCACUUGUCAUCUUUUAUUUAAAAAAUGAGAUGUACUACUUACUUUUGUUCUGUAUUCCGCCCUUUUCAUCAGUCGGUGAACAUCCAGGACUCUGCAGAUCUCCAGCAGGAUCACCAAGGGUGGCAGGUCUCAGCAAAAAGACAAAACCCAGCGACCACUAAGAUCCAGGCGAAGCAAGCUAAGGGGAGGGGAGAAGUUCUGUUCCCUCCUCCUGUCUUGCCUGUACUACACUGGACUCUAAAAGUGCCAUCUGAAGGUGAUGGGGAGCUGGCUGCCUUGAUGCUGCAGCCCCUUCUGCUCACAGCCCUCAGCUAGCUUCUUGCUGUAUUUUAAGAAAUGCUUCCCUGAAAAAGGGAGUGGAAGGGAAGGAGCAUAGAAGCAUUAACAGCCCCACACACCCAUUACCCCACCAGCAGCAGCAGUCACCCAUCAGCACCAGAGCCCAUUCAACACCCCAUCCCACGAAAGCCAGCCCUGGGUUCCUCCAGAAGAUUGCAGGGUGUGAAUACAAGGAUUGUGGGGGGUUGAACUCAUAACAAGCGACGAUGACUGGUGUGGGGGUUGUGGAUGGGGAGAAAGUUUGAAAAUCCCUGCCUUAAAUCAAUAUCAUUUAGAAGAUCUUACUUGGCUGAUAAGGAGCUUUCCUUCUGGGGAGGAAACCGAAUAGUCUAGCAGAGCAGAAUGAAUUAAUGGGCCCCAUUCAGCCACUGCAUGAUACUGACUUGGGCCAACAUAAUCUCCAGUAUCCUUAUAUGGUGGAAAGCCCACUUGGGGUUCACAGCAGCAGAUUUAAGGCACCUACAGCCCCGUCCCCUGCUCUGACAGGGAACUCUGAGCCAGCCAGCACUACACAGAAAGCAAGUGGUGCAGGUAGACUUCUUCCCGUGGCAGAACUGCCAGGGAAAGGGGUCUCUUGUCUUCUUCUGGGGUAAAUCACAACCUUGGGUGCCCUGAAGCACGGCUUCUCCUAAUGGGAAGGUGGGAUGUGAUUUGCACAGCUCUAGUGAACUUAAUCAUUGUCUCUGCCAAAUAUGUUGAAAUAGCAUCUAAUUAAUGAACACAUCCCAACUAUCAGAGGCACAGAUGCCUAUUAUGUCAUAUGUAGUCUCUUAUUCAAGGUAUGUAUGUCAGAACCUUUUACUUUAUUAUAGCAGUUUUCUCGACCACUCAACUCAUGAGAGAGCUUCUGUUAUGAUAAGCAAUACCCUCAGCAACAGAUUGUAUAUUAAUUUUUUAAAGGAAUCUCUCAGCCCAAAAUAAAUUUCUUUGUAACAUAACCUUCACUCUGCAAAAUGGAAGCAGAGAUUUCUUUUCCCAGUUAAUCUUUGUUACACUUUCACAAUAAAAAAAAAUAACUUUUAAUAGUUAAAUAAAUUGUUUUCGUUAUCCAUGUUGUGGACCAGGGACAUACCAUAAAUAAAGGUGUUAAUAUCAUUCAGAGAUAGUCGGUGAAAUCAUCUCAGUGCUCAGAGCCAGCUAUGCAACACAUAAGCCUCACGGUAAAGUUGUUCACCCCAGGUCUUACAGUAUAUAGUGAAUAUACAGUAGAACCUCAGAGUUACGAACAUCUUGGGAACGGAGGUUGUUCAUAACUCUGAAAUGUUCAUAACUGAACAAAAUGUUGUGGUUCUUUCAAAAGUUUACAACUGAACAUUGACAAUGCAGCUUUGAAACUUUACUAUGCAGAAGAAAAAUGCUGCUUUUUUAAUGGUUUAUGUUUAACACUGUACUGUAUUUGCCUUUUUUUGGUCUCUGCUGCUGCCUGAUUGUGUACUUCCGGUUCCAAAUGAGAUGUGUGGCUGACUGUUACUUUGUAGUUCUGGUAUUCGUAACUAUGAGGUUCUACUGUACGUAAUAUAUAAUCUUCAAAGGAAGUUGAAAAUCCGACAGUAGCACUCUGGCAGAGCAUCUAAAAGAAAGUGUCUGGCAUGAUGGAAACUGGCAGAGAACAUUGAACUGGUGGUUGGUUUGUUUUUAGAUUACAGAAAUGUUAAAAAUGUUGUGGUUUGCUAUGCUUUUUCAGUGCUUCUAGAAGUCCAAAAUGGCUUCAGUGUUAAGACUGGUAUCAUGUGGUUGCUAAAGUAAUCUCUGCAGUGUUUAAUUGCAGAUGCCAUGACAUCUCUGCAGUAUUAAUGAAUCUCUACAGUGUUGUUUGAAGAUAGUCAUUGAGAUGUUUGCAGAGACAGUGUUCUGGAUUGAGAGAAUUUACGCAUAAAUGGUAAAUCUAUAUUAACUGUGUUUGACUAGUCUUUAUAAUUUGAUAUUUCCAUACUGUAAUACAAAGCAGUUUAAAUAAUGUUUAAAGGUUUACAUUUGUUUGUAUUGAAUUACGGUAGUUUUUAGAACUGUUGCUCAUAUUUAUCUAUCUUGCCAUUGAUUUGGGGAAAGAGGAAAAUUUGCUCCUAGUAACACUAAUGGGAAUUAAGCAUUAAGUAAUAUCUGCUUUGAAGAGAUAAUAGACAUCUGUCUUAACAUCAAUUUUACAAGGUAGGACCUGUUUUUAAUUAAAUCCCACUCCAUCACCCAAAAAUGAAUUUUCUAUUUCCUCCUCCAGCACCUCUCCACCCCAAACAAAAUUUCAAAAUGAUUACUGACACCUGAUUUUUAAAAUUUUCCCAAGUGACCAGCCAUUGUUGGGUAAUCCAAGGGGCAGUGGCAGAAAUUUUCAAUGAUGCCUUGUUAACAGAUUGCAAAUGAAAGGCCUUUAAAAUGUGACUACAAUGGCUGUUUUAGAACUAUUCUAGUCCUUUGGUUAAAUAUUUUUAACAUAAAAUACAGACUACAAAGGCUGAUUUGAAAUUGCUCUUGUCUCUUAGAAAAAUAAAUACAGAUUACAUAGGCAUUUUAAAAAUAUAUAUAUUAUUUAAAUGGAUACUGUCAGAUUCAGAGCUAUAUUUAAAAAUAUCUUUUUCAGUUACUAGUAAUCGUUUAGAUUGUUAAAACUAAGCAUAUAAAAUUAAAUACACUUUGCAAUUUUUGUUUUACUUUUUGCAUAUUUUUCAACAUGCACAAUGCAAAUAGAGUGGUCAGUUUGGUGUUGCUUAUGGUCAGUUUCUGGUCAAUUGCACUUUCUAUUCUCAUGCACUAGCUUAGUGAAUUUUUUUUAUAAUUUUAUGAAAAUAUUUCUAAUUUUUUUUUACAUAUUUUAUUUUAAAGAAACCUAAUUUGAGUCUAACCUGCCUGGCUGUGUCCCUUUAAAAAAUCAGGGAUGCCAUCCUAACAGGCUUUUGCCAAGGCCAUGAUAUACCCUGUGUGUUUUUAACUGAACUCAUGAUUAAUUUCAUUGGGAAGAUCUGCUUCAAAAUCAGUGACAUCAUAUGACUCUUCAUCAGUACUCAGGAAAACUCCCCUUGACUACACAGUCUGGCUGCAGUUUAAAGAUGGCAACACAUUGUAAAGGAUCCUUUGGAAUACAGAUAUUGUGUAAUAUAUCUGUACAUUUGUAAAAUGUAAUAAAACACCUUCUGAAAUUAUUUGCAAAAAGUUACUGUAACAGUGAAUUAGCCCCAUGUUGAAUCAAUACAUUGGCAAUUUUAACUUUCUUUAAUUACCAAAUGUAAUUAGAGCACAUCACAGAAUAUCCACUGAAAAAUAUUCUAAGAAAUUGUUUGAUAUUAUGAUGAAGGCAAAAUGCAUCCAAGCUUUGUUUCUUUCAA